AUGCAGCGGAGAUCCAGAGGGGUGAACCUUGGGCUGCUGCUGCUCCUUUCUCAAAUCUUCCACGUUGGGAUCAACAAUAUCCCACCUGUCACCCUAGCAACUUUGGCACUUAACAUCUGGCUCUUCUUGAAUCCUGUGAAGCCCCUGUAUGCCUCCUGCAUUAGCGUGGAGAAGUGCUACCAGCAGAAAGACUGGCAGCGACUGCUGCUCUCCCCCUUUCACCAUGCGGACGACUGGCAUCUGUAUUUCAAUAUGGCCUCCAUGCUAUGGAAAGGAAUCAAGCUGGAGAGAAGAGUGGGAAGUAGGUGGUUUGCCUACCUCAUAGCCACAUUCUCACUACUCACUGGGAUAGUAUACCUGCUUUUGGAAUUUUCUCUUGCAACAUUUAUAGAUGAACCUGACUUCCAAAGGCACUGUGCUGUAGGCUUUUCAGGAGUUUUGUUUGCUUUGAAAGUUCUUAACAACCAUUAUUGUCCUGGAGGCUUUGUCAAUGUUUUGGGCUUUCCUGUACCCAACAGAUAUGCUUGUUGGGCAGAACUUGUGGCCAUCCAUUUCUUCACACCAGGGACGUCCUUCGCUGGGCACCUGGCCGGGAUCCUUGUUGGACUCAUGUAUACGCAGGGACCUCUGAAGAAAAUCAUGGAAACAUGUACAGGCGUUUUUUCCUCCAGUAGUGGUGACCCAAGACCGCAGUACUACUUUAAUAAUUCAGGCUACUCUGGGUAUCAGGAUCAUUAUCCACGUGGCAGGCCAGGCUACUAUGAAGAAGCCCCCAGGAACUAUGAUGCAUACACAGGAGGGCUAAGUGAAGAGGAACAGCUGGAGAGAGCAUUAAGAGCCAGCCUCUGGGACCGAGGAAACACCAGAAACAGCCCACCACCCUAUGGGUUUCACCUCUCACCGGAAGAAGAGAUGAGGAGGAAGCGGCUUCACAGAUUCGACGGCCAGUGA